GUACGUAGGCUCAGUAAUUUAUUUAAUUUUAGAAAAUUAGUGCGUAAAAAAGGCUUGUUCCAUCCAAGCUAUUGCUUAUAUUGUAAAGAAAAAUUCUAUCCAGCAAAAAAUAUAUAAAUUCUCCCUUAUUCCACGAGAAUUUCCCAAAAAUACCCUUUGACACAUGGCACGUUUUUCUCGGUCCAAGUGUUUUGUGUUCAUAACCUAACAAUAAUCACAAGUGCGUCGGACUGCGUGGUUCCUGAUCGAGGACAUACUCAUCAUGCAGAUUUUUGUUAAAACAUUAACUGGCAAGACCAUCACUCUUGAGGUCGAGGCCUCUGACACAAUCGAAAAUGUCAAGGCCAAGAUCCAAGACAAAGAAGGAAUUCCCCCGGACCAACAAAGAUUGAUCUUUGCUGGAAAGCAGCUGGAAGAUGGAAGGACCUUGUCCGACUACAAUAUCCAGAAGGAAUCCACCCUCCACCUUGUGCUUCGUCUCCGUGGUGGUGCCAAGAAACGCAAGAAGAAGAAUUACUCUACCCCAAAGAAGAUCAAGCACAAGAAGAAGAAGGUCAAGCUUGCUGUCCUCAAGUUUUACAAGGUUGACGAAAACGGAAAAAUUCACCGUUUGAGGCGAGAGUGCCCAUCAGAGCAGUGCGGAGCUGGAGUUUUUAUGGCAGCGAUGGAAGACAGGCAUUACUGUGGAAAGUGCGGAUACACCCUUGUCUUCAACAAGCCUGAAGACAAAUGAAUACAGAGCAUUUAAUCUGUAUUUACUUUAUAAUAUAAUAAAUUAAAAAAAUUUA